AUGCACCAUGCUGCAGCCCUGUCACAUGUUCCAUGGGUCUUGCAAGAAGAACUUACGGCAGCGUAUACUUAUAUCCUGUCAAUGAAUCCGUGGACAGACUCGCAAAUCGCAGCCUUUCAUCUCCUGAAGAGACUUCCGGCCGCAUUUGCAUCCAUCGAAAACAUCUUCGGAUGUGGCAAGACCAGUGUUCAAGCAGUGAUGGCCGUACUUUGCCAGAGACUUAUGUACCGGGUUUUAAUGAUUGCCCCAUAUAAGGCUCCUUUUUUGGCCCUAGAGAGCCAGCUGUCCGAUCUAGACAGCACUGUUCCAGCCCUGCAGUUCCUUCAGUCGCAAAUGGAAAAGCGAAAAACGUUACGUUCAGAACCACAGGGUGAUGGUGAUACAUACAGAGAGCGACCAGGAGGCCCCUGGUACAUGGGUCGGCUUUAUGCAAGGCCUCAACAACGCACAAGUGUCCCGUUAGGGUACUCCAAUUACCACGUCGGCAAUAUCUUUAAAAUGGUUGCAAGUUUAUUGGCCACUCUGAUGACUAGCAAAGGUAUAUCUGUUACUGAGCUGUCAUGCCACGACAUCGAUCAGUAA